UUUUUUAGAAGACAUAGGCCAGGCGUGCAAGAGUCUGAGCGUUGUUGUUUUUCAAACAUGGCGGGUGUCCUGAGUAUGUCAAGACGAUUUGCCUUUAGAAUUCCACGCCUUGCAGCUGCAGGCACAAGGCUAAAGAGCUAUCUGGUAGAGAAAGAACGAAUAGGCAAAGUGUUGAUGGUUUCUAUUUGUCGCCCCGAGAAGCGUAAUGCUAUCAAUGUCGAUACUGCAAAGGAACUGUCUGAAAUUUUUCAACAUUUCGAGAUUGAUGAUUCAGUUUCUGUAGCUGUUCUUUGUGGCAAAGGAGGGCAUUUUUGCGCUGGUUACGAUCUUGAGGAGCUAUCGGAUAAAGAAGCAGAGGAAUACUUGAAGCAGAUAGCUCCUCCUGGAGAGGGUGACGGUCCUAUGGGUUGCACAAGGCUAAAGUUAACCAAACCAGUUGUUGGAGCCAUACAGGGGCAUGCUGUUGGUGGUGGCCUGGAGUUGGCAUUGAUGUGUGACUUGAGGGUCGCUGAGGAAAACACUGUUUUUGGUUUCUUCAACAGGAGAUUUGGAGUACCUUUGCUUGAUGGUGGGGCUGUAAGAUUGCCAUAUCUGAUUGGUCUGUCUCAUGCCCUUGACCUCAUCAUCACUGGUCGCCCUGUCAAAGCUGAUGAAGCUUUACACAUUGGGCUGGCCAACAGAGUGGUACCCAAGGGUAAAGCUAUUGAAGAGUGUGUCAAGUUAGCUGAGCAGAUCGCCAAGUACCCACAAGAAUCACUGAAAGCUGAUCGUAAAUCAGCUUUUUACUCUGCUUACAAUGCUGACUCUUUCUAUGAUGCUUUGACAUAUGAGUAUCGCAAGGGUGUCAAACUUCAAACCAUUAAGGACAGCAUUGAGGGUGCCCGGAAGUUCCAGAAAGGGUUUGGAAAGAAGGGUUCCUUUGAUGACUGGUAUGACUAUUAAGGCAAUGUCGUACAAUAGUCAUGUAUAGCAUGAAUCUGAACUAAGUUCUGUUGCCAUCCAUGAUUCAAAGCUCAUUCACUAAUGCCCUUACUACUGAUCUGAAGUGGAAACCAAAAUAAUGAUUUAGUGACAUUAUAACCAACACCUUCUAAAACUGUAUUUGAUAAUAAAUUAGGACCCACAGUUGUGAUCCUUACGAAAGGAAAAAAGCAGGAAAUCAAACGUAAAACUUAAACAAAAAAA